UUUUCACUUCCUCGUUUUUAUGUUGCAUGAAUUAAAAAUGGCUGCCGUGGCUGGGUAGAGCGCUUGCUACUAUGGAGAUGCCUGCAGUCUUGGAAAGUGCAAAUUUGCCCUCUGAGGAGUCGCCCAAACAGCGGGAGCAUGCAGAGAACAGUAGUGACUCCUGCUACGCAGAGGAAGGUUCAGGCAAUGGGACAUGUUCACAUGAAAACAAUAAACAGGAGGAUGGCACAGAGGACGUUUUUGAGGUACCCACACACACCGACAAGGAGGAAACAAAAGACUCUGGCCAUCCAGAAAGCACAAAAGAGGAACCAAAUAUUGAUAAGACUUCAGGGGGCCAAUGCACUGUGGAUGGGGACCAGGAAAAGACUGAAGAUGGGUCUUCCAAUGCUUCCUCACCAAUAAAUCCGAAUUUGGGAACUUUGCCUCACAGAACCCAAGAGGCACCUUCCAAUCCAGCUGAUUCAGAGGAAAUAAAGAUUGCUACAGUGGAGUUGACACAAUCCACUGAGAGAACGGUCCAAGGAAAUUCUGGUAGUAAGGUCCAAGAGGAAGGGACCCAAGGGGAGGACAAUGGGCGCAGUAAACAUGGGCCCAAAAGGGUCACAUUUCCAUCUGACGAUGACAUUGUAUCAGGUGCCCUAGAACCCAAAGAUCCAUGGAGGCAUGCUCAGAAUGUCACAGUGGAGGAUGUCAUCGCAUCUUAUACACAAGCCUGCCAGAAACUCAACUGCAAACAAAUUGCAAAACUUAUCCGACAGCUACAGGAACUUACUGAUCUUUCAGGGAGAGUUGAGAGCCUGGAUCUCAAAGGAGAGAAGCUCGAUCACAAGGCCUGUGAAGCUCUGGAGGAAAUCUUCAAACGUGUGCAAUUUAAGAUGGUAGACCUGGAACAGACCAAUCUAGAUGAAGAUGGCGCCUCCGCUUUAUUUGACAUGAUUGAGUAUUAUGAAUCGGCAACGCAUCUCAACAUUUCCUUUAAUAAGCACAUUGGCACUCGGGGAUGGCAAGCCGCCGCUCACAUGAUGCGUAAGACAAACUGUCUGCAAUACUUGGAUGCUCGCAAUACCCCUUUGCUGGACCAUUCAGCUCCAUUUGUGGCUCGAGCACUCCGCAUAAGUAGCAGCUUAACCGUCCUUCACCUGGAAAACACCAGCCUCUCGGGAAGACCGCUCAUGUUACUUGCCACUGCCCUAAAGAUGAAUAUAGUGUUGCGGGAGCUGUACCUCGCUGACAACCGCCUGAACAGCCUGCAGGACGCUGCUCAGCUGGGAAAUGUAUUAAAAUUCAACAGCUGUAUACAGAUUCUGGACCUGCGGAACAAUCACAUCAUGGACUCAGGACUGGCUUAUAUCUGUGAGGGGCUGAAGGAGCAACACCAGGGAUUGGUCACAUUAGUCCUCUGGAACAAUCAGCUAACGCAUGCUGGCAUGGUCUACAUGAGCAUGUGCUUGCCUCACACCCAGACUUUAGAAACCUUAAAUCUUGGUCACAAUGCUAUUGGCAAUGAAGGUGUCCGCCAUCUUAAGAACGGCCUGAUUGGAAACCGAAGUGUCCUCCGGCUUGGCUUGGCAUCUGCCAAACUUACCUGUGAAGGUGCUGUUGCCGUAGCAGAAUUUGUGGCUGAAUCUCCGCGGCUCCUGCGUCUAGAUCUUAGGGAGAAUGAGAUCAAGACUGGAGGCUUAAUGGCUCUCUCGCUGGCUCUUCGUGUUAACCAGUCACUACUUAGACUGGAUUUGGACAGAGAACCGAAGAAAGAGACUGUGAAGAGCUUUAUUGAAACACAGAAGUCCCUGUUGGCUGAGAUUCAAAAUGGCUGCCGGCGGAACUUUAUCUUAGCCAAAGAGAAGGAGGAGCGUCUCCAGCAGUCGGCAUCCAUGGCAGAGAUUGCUACCGCUGCUGAAGAGGAAGAUUCAAGCACUGCCCCUGAGGAGAAUACCCUCCCUUCAGAAGAUUGUAGCACUGCCCCUGAGGAAACCACACCUAAUAAUUCAUCUGUACAGAAUGAAGAGAUUACACCUGACCCAGACCCUCAGGGACAAGAUUCAGACUCUGACACAGAAGAUGAAGUAGAGGAGGAAAAGCCAGUAGCAGAAACAAAGCCUGUAGUGAACUCUGUUCAGAGCCCUCCAGGGCAGGUGGCAGUGUCCAGUCCAGGUCGGGGUCACAAGAUCUUCUUGGUUACCCGCGUAGAGAAUCCAAAUACAACAGGAGGAGGAAUGACAGCCCAAGAUGGUAAAGGCUCCUCGCUAGUGGGAGUGACUUCACCAGGGGGUCCUUCCCUUGCCAAUGGACUUGAGGCUGCACUGGGCAGAGCAACAAGCAGCUGUGACAGCAAGGGUUCCCUUGCAAGCUUCAGCGAUAGAGAACUAGAAGACUUACUACGAGACGCCUCCUCAGAACCAGACCCAAGUUUAAACAUUAUAACACUAUAAGGAUUGAUUCUUCCGACUCUUGGGGUUCCCUCUUCUGUUUUCCCUGAAUACUUUUUAAACCCCAGUGAUCUCGCCUUAAGAAUUGGGGGCCCCAUGGGAUCAUGUGACACGGGUUCCCCUUUGAGGACAUUCAGUUGAUUCAAAACUUUGCUUCCCCAAAUGAUGGCAAUAAGGGCAGACACAGUUCCUGCAGGUAAUGGAAUUUGCACAGUUUAAAGAUAUAGCCCAUUAACUUCAUGCUGGGAUUUUCCCCAACUGGAGACAUUUUGGAGAGAAGAGACAAUUUUACGGGUUUCUGGAUAAAGGGACA